AUGCGUUCAUCUUAUGAUUCACAUUAUUCAUCUUCAGCAACAAAUCGUCACUCAAAUUAUUCAUCUCCAUUACGUUCGUUGGAUAUUGGUUUAGCACCAUUUCAUGGUAGUGACCGUGCUGAAUUUCGUGAUCGUUAUCAAAAUAAAUAUGCAUGGCUUGAAAAGAAUCAUGUUAACGAAGUUGGUUCAACUUAUAAUUCAAUAGGUAAAAAAGUUGAUCAUAAACCAUCAACAUGGCGAUGUGAGGAUCAAGCUGAAACUGCAAAAGAACUUUUAAAAACGAAUGAUGAAUGUGCCGAUAAAAUUUGGGAUAUUCGUGAACGAAGUGACAUAAAUCGUGAAUUUCUUCUUAGUUCAGAUGGUGUUGCGCCACGUUUUUAUCAAAUGGAAGCUGAAGCCUUAAAAAAUCGUUAUGAAUUAAAUAAUAUGAAACGUAAAUUAGAUGGUAUUAAACAAUUACGUGCUCGUCUUUUCAAAUAA